AAAGGACAGAGAGGAAAGGAAUUGACUGUUAAUGCUCACAGACCUGAGAAGUCGAAACAAAAAUAUGAAGAUUUUUCUAGCGAUCGUGUUAUAUUGCUGCUUAAGUAUUGGGUGUGCUGCUGUACAUAUAUCAUGCUUCGGGAAAUUGUGUCAUAGCCAUGAAUCGACAUGUAUCGUUUACGAGGAACAUGGCAGCCUUAAGGGAUACUGUGAAGAGCGGGAGCAUUGCAAUCAUCUUUGGAGUUGUAACGAUACCCAUGGCCCCGGCCACGGCCGUGGACAUGAAGAAUGUUGCUGUGCGUCCCAGCAGUGUGUCGACAGCUUCAGCACUGGUACUGGUACGAUGGCAGCGAGUUUGAACUGUUUCGGACAUCAAUGUGACGCACACAGAUCGACCUGUCUCGUGAACAUGGAUCACGAGAUGAACGGACGAUGUGAGGAUGACCACGUAUGCAGAGACCAUGAUACAUGCACUGCCAGCAGCCAGCAUUUGCAUGGACCCCACCACGAAUGCUGCUGUAGAGACCAAACUUGUAUUGACAACUUAAAAGCUGCCCAGUCUUUGUUGCCACAUUUGACCUGCUUUGGACACCAUUGCGAUUCAUUUAAAUCGAGUUGUAUUGUCACAAAGGGACACGAAUUGACCGGCAGGUGUGAGCCCGCAGAGCAAUGUCAUCACCAUACAAAAUGCACCGCAGCGCAUCAUGGCCAUGAACACGAGUGUUGCUGCACGGAUCAGCACUGUAUUGACAGUUUGACCAGUGGUACAUCAGCUCAACAAUCUUCGUUGGCUUGUGGCCGCCACAUCUGUAAUAAGGACGGUGACAGACCGUACUGUAGGCUCUAUCACGAGGAAGGUCACCUCUAUGGAGAAUGUGUCGAAGAAAGGCAAUGUUUGGAUCGCCACCAUAAGCUGUGUUCAGUUGUACACGACACAUACGGACACGGGUGCUGCUGUCAACACGACACCUGCAUAUCGACGAUGACAGGUAUACAUCACGCUAACAGCACUGCCACGUCUAGCAACAAUGUCACGAGUAACAACAAUGGCAUAUUUGUCAAUGGCCUGAAAUGUUCCCAGUGUAGUGAUGUUGGAAGCAACACUUGUGUUCACGACCAUUUAACAUGUGGUGCCAAUGAAGUAUGUAAGAUAAAAGAAAGCCUUCAGGGAGCAGUGUCUACAGAGUGCAAGUCAAUUUUGCAGUGUGCCAGAGACAAAAUCGAAGAUGCCAGACACCCGACACAACCACACACCCUUUGCUGUGCAACUGAUAACUGUACAUCUAAUGCUGUUCAUAACAGCUCACAAGGUCAUCUGACAUGUCCUAUGUGUAACAACCAAUUCCUAGGGGAUUGCCAUGGUGACCAUUUGUGUUCUGUUGGAGAAACAUGCAUGUUUGAGGCUAAGAACGGAAUGUUGUCGACAAAAUGUUCGCCGAAUUGUCACCAGCAGGGUUCGACAGUUGUCUGUUGCAGUGAUAACUACUGUGUCGGUAGUACAAUCAAACAAUUAAACCAAGCUUCAUUUGUGUGUCCCCGAUGUACUGACAGCUCCGAGGACAACUGUCUCGCUAACACGAUAACAUGUAUUGGAAACAAUGAGGGAUGUUCUGUCAAAGAGACAAAUAAAGGGUUUACUGUAGGAUGUAGCAGUAGCAUGCAGGAUUGUACAGCAAUCGCAAACAAAAACAGUGGCGUGUGUUCUACGUCAUCACCUCUCGAUAAUACAACGGCGUGUCAAACCUGCUGCCAGAAAAAUGACAUAGACUGUAUAAGGCAGGCGUUUAGACAAAGUGUUGACACAGCAACCACACCGGCGCCUCCGGUUCCAACCACAGCUCCCAAAGUCACAACGACGCAGAAAGAUAUGACUACUGUUGCGCAUUCAACACAAGAUCCAUCAAUGUUGGAUACUACUGCAGUUCAGCAAUCAUCACAGCCAUCAAUAGUUAAGACAACCAUUGCGCCUACAAUGCAUGGUCCAUCAAUGUUGGAUACUACCACAGUUCGGCAAACACCACAGCCAACACCAGGUUGCCCUCCGUUUGACCUAUCUUGUCCAUCAGGAUGCGCGACAUAUGACGUAAAGUUGUGCCCUAUUUGUGAUCGGAGGUCAAUUAAGUGUGGCGGCGGCUUUUCUUCCACAAGGGCACCUGUAGUUACAUCAACACCGAUGGCUCCAACACCAAAAGUGUGCGCUGAUAAGGACCCUGCUAACUGCCAAACCAUGCAUGCAGCCCUGUGCACAGCCAACGACACGAACAUUCACCAUUUGGCUGUCGUUACCUGUGCUAAAUCAUGUGGCUUUUGUGAUGAGUACUUACAAUUAGACACAACAACCACACCGGCGCCUCCGGUUCCAACCACAACACCCAAGGUCACAACGACACAGAAAGUGUGUAUUGAUACCGACCCCGAUAGCUGUGUACGUAUGCAGGGAGCGUUAUGUCCAACAACAGAUCCAAACCUUCAUCAUAUGGCCGUAGUUACCUGCGCUAAGACCUGCGACUUUUGUGACGAGUUUAUGCUUGUGUAAUAUACGGUUUAAUAAAAACACUUCAUGUUUUAA